CCCUUAUGGCUAGUCAGCUAGAUUCUGAUUCUGAAUUCCCCAAACUACAAGUAAAAAAGGGGCAAAAAAAAAGUAGAUUUUUUUUCAAGAACUCAAAAAAUUUUCAUCCAAAUAAUUUAUCAUGGUUAUCUUGAAAUGGGUUGUUGCCUUUUCCAUUUUAUGCAAUUUUUUAGCAACACCCACCUUAUCAAUUUCUUCUAUUUUGAACAAAGAGGAGUUGGCAAAUAUUUCAGUUAAUUUCUUGAAUCUUGCAAAAAGACCUGAGCUUUUUGAUUGGAUAGUGAGAAUUAGGAGGACUAUUCAUGAGAAUCCUGAGUUGGGGUUUGAGGAAUUUGAGACUAGUAAACUUAUUAGAAAUGAGCUUGAUAAAAUGGGGAUUUUUUACAAGUACCCUGUUGCUGUUACUGGUGUUGUUGGCUUUAUUGGAACUGGAAAACCACCCUUUGUUGCUCUUAGAGCUGAUAUGGAUGCUCUUGCUAUGCAGGAGGAAGUGGACUGGGAACACAAGAGUAAAAUUCGGGGAAAGAUGCAUGCUUGUGGACACGAUGCCCAUGUUGCUAUGCUUUUAGGUGCUGCUAAGAUUCUUCAAGAGCAGCGCGAUGAUUUGCAGGGAACUGUUCUUUUGGUUUUUCAGCCAGCCGAGGAGGGAGGUGGAGGUGCAAAGAAAAUGCUUGAAUCUGGGAUACUUGACAAUGUUGAUGCCAUCUUCGGUCUGCAUAUUUCCCCCAUGAGUCCUAUUGGCACUGUUGCUGCCAGUUCUGGCCCUAUCAUGGCUGGAAGUGGCUUCUUUGAGGCAGUAAUAAAGGGGAAAGGCGGUCAUGCCGCGAUUCCUCAGCACACUAUAGAUCCAAUAUUAGCAGCUUCUAACAUCGUAGUUAGUUUACAACACCUUGUUUCGCGGGAAACUGAUCCCUUGGACUCACAGGUUGUUACAGUUGCAAAGUUCAAAGGUGGUGGCGCGUUUAAUGUUAUACCAGACUCUGUAACAAUCGGUGGAACUUUUAGGGCAUUCUCAAAAGAAAGCUUCGCGCAACUUAAACAGAGAAUUGUAGAGGUUAUCACACGACAAGCUGCUGUUCAAAGGUGCAAUGCAACAGUUGAUUUUGACACAAAAAAUAGGCCGUUUUACCCUGUGACAGUGAAUAAUAAAGCUUUGCAUGAACAAUUCCGAAAUGUAGCUGGACAGAUGCUUGGUAUCAACAAGAUCAUAGAAAUGAAACCUACGAUGGGGACAGAAGAUUUUUCGUUCUUUGCUGAGGCUAUUCCUGGAUACUUCUACUUACUUGGAAUGGUUGAUGAAACUAAAGGACGAUUCGAGUCAGGACACUCCCCUUUCUACAGAGUCAAUGAAGAUGUACUUCCAUAUGGUGUUGCUUUACAUGCAUCGUUAGCCACGACUUACCUCCUUGAACAUCAGCUGAAAUCAACCACUCGGGAUCAAAAUGUUCAUGACGAGUUGUAAGGUCUUAUGAGAGACCUUGCGGAUGAAAAUAAUUUCUGCUACAUGCAAUCGAGCAGAAGUAGGUUCCUCUCUUUCUAUUUACUUUAUAUCUAAACUUAUUCCAAAUCAAGUUGGUGUUAGAGCUAGUUUGGUUUAAUCAUGUCACAUAAGUACGACUCCAACUUAUUUGGGACUGAGGUAUAGUUGUUGUACAUUAUAAACAUUGAAUCCCAUUGUGCUUCUUUAAGGGUACUUACCCAUACAGACAAUUGAACUGUAAACUAGUUAUUUUUGCUUAUGCAUUCUUUUUUUAUAGCUUAAAUACAUUGUAUAGGGUGAAACACCUCCCAACAUCUAAAAAUGGUAUUAUAUUUGAAGACUCAGAUGAAUUAUGUUGUGAA